AUGCCUCGACCAAAGCGCACAAAAGUUGCGCCGUCUGUGCCAGCCCCGCGCCUCAAGAAAUCUGCGAAGAUCUCCCGUCCUGUCGCACCAACUCCAGGACCAUCUAAGGCGCCCUUCGACGACUUAUACGACGUGAGUGAUGCAGAAGACGCGGCGGCAGCGAAUGCGCGGAGUGCGAAGGGAAGUAAUGGCAAAGGGAAAGCUGUUACGGUGACUUCACCUCGAGCGCUUGGUCUGGAGUCGCGAGACUCGAUGGCCAGAGAAGACGGGACAGUGGAAACCCGGCUAGGAAAUGAUCGCAUAUCUUCAGGGGAUCCAGCAGAGGAAUCUAAAUUACCAGAUAUCAACCUAGACUCGAGCAGCCCUUCAAUUGAGACUGGUAGGAAAGAACACCGCACGUCAGGUAUUGAGAGCUCCAUGCUUGCGAUUGGAAAUUUUAGAAGGCGACCGCGCCAACCAAGCAUCCUCGGUCGAGGACCUGGACGAGCGAGAUCUAGUAGCAUCGAAUCGAAUAUGGCCGAGGAGAAUGGGCUUGCGAGCGUGGGACGAAAGAACUCAUCAGCCGUAGGAUUUGGGACUUUCAAGAGGCGGCCUCGGGAACGUAGCAUAAUGGGACGGAAUGCUGCACCCAUUGCAAAUAGUAGCAUGUCAUCAGAUAUAGAAAGGGGCACGCGGGCGAAUACCGGCUCAGUGAUGGAAACAGGCACUUUCAAGCGCAGAGAAAAGGAACCUAGCAUUUUGCGGACAGCUCAAAAAGCGCGGCAAGAAGAACCUUUGGAUUAUGAUGAUGACGAAGACGAUUUCAAUCCUGACGAUGAGUCAACUCCUCUCAACCUGUCGAAGACCAGAAAUAUGACUAGUUCUUCUGGUGGUCCGUCUUCCUCAAACUCGAGAAAACGAAAACUUUCAGCUGUUCAGGUGCCGCGAUCUAGCCCAAUUCUAUCUUCCCCUGGUGUAGAAGUAGUGGACGAAGCAAUUCCAGCGACAAACCCUGUCAGGGACGAGCAGGGAGAGGACGCAGUCGAGUCUCCACCACAGUUGAUACCCUCCAUUGAAGCCCGGUUGGACACUCCCGAACCUCUGAGCGAGACCAUGGCGCCACCUCAAAGUAGCAGUCCAAUUCCUUCAAGUCCUGACUUGCCAACAAGAACGCGAAGAGCACCAUCCAGAGGCCGACGCCCCCUACGAGGCAGAACCCCUCCACCCAGAACACAAGACUCGCCUAUCUCCUCGCCCCCAUCCCUCACGCACUCUCCAAAUAGGCCGGUGCAUGUCACAACACGGAAACAGCAGCGACAAGCUCCACCACCAAGUUCGUUCUCUACAGCUCAACUCCAGGCUCUCCUACCACGGAGACGGCAGCGUGUGACCGCAAGAGAUCCAUUCGAUGUCCCUAGCUCAGGUGACGAAGUCGAUGUCUCUGGCCUUGCACAGGAUGAUGAUGAGCUUUCGCACCUGAAUGUCCAGGCUAGAUCCCGGAGGCAUACAAGUAUUCGAGCGCGGACUCCAGCGCCUCUCAAGCGAGCAGGAAAAUCCAACAAAUCAGUCUCGAAGCCGAGAGAUUCAAAUGUUAAGCGGACCUAUGGAUCUCGAGCCAAUGUUAUGUCAGACAAAGAAAACACUAUUGAAGUUGAUCCUGAUGACAGUCUCGCACCAAUCCCAGACGACGAGGCCAACGACGAUCCAGAGAAUAGCCAGGAAUUGGAAGAGAGGGUCGGCAAAGAGCUGAGGAGGGCAGCCAAGAAAUUCCAAGAGGUUGACAAAUGGGAGUUGGAAUUUGAAGAAGUAACUGCGAGUAGUUCUUCGCCAAGAGAUGGCCGAUAA